AUGUUCUUUCAUCUUGUCGUUAUUUUAUCUUUGAGCUGGCCACACGUGAUAGGCACCGGAAACGCCGAGCUUCAGGACGAGCUGGCGUUCGAUCAGGUUGCCACCGCGUCGGAAAAUGUGGCGCAGACGGCGCAGAAAUCUGAACGGAAGCAGAAGGAGUUCCGAGACCAGUUGAUCACGUCGAUAAUAGACACCACGGUGCACUAUGAGAAUUCGAACGGUUUCGUGCCCAUGGUGGUGUCUCCGUCACCUAAUCUAUCGAAACAAGCAGCCUCGACGGUCUUUCCAUCGGACUCGAGUAACAUUACUCGGACGAAUUCUUUGAACGAAGAGGACAAUUCGAGCUCGACAGACACGAGACACAAGGAGACAGAGCACGAAGAAGAAAGGGGUAAAUUUGAAAACGAUCCUGUAUACUCGACGGAAGCUAGGAUAUUUUUGAAUUUUCCCAGUCUCGGUACGAAUCGUCGAUCCUUCGAGUUCCAAACCAAUCCGAACGAAUUCGAGUUGCUGAAAGUUCGAAAUAAUACGCCGGUGGUGGCAACUUAUCAAGAUUUUUACGACGACUCGUCGUCGACUUUCAACGAGAACGAAGACGGGCAGCAAUCCUCGUCGAAGCAUAAGACCAAAGGAAAGGGGCAAAAUAUGGAGAAUUACAUGGGGAAUUAUGGACUGGUCGUACCUGGAACGAAUGGUCAGAACUCGUACAGUUAUUACUACUCUCAGGAUUCAGCGAAGGACAAAGAAAAGAAGAAUCACGAGCAAGAGAAAGUGAACGGCAAUUAUCAUGAGCAAAAUCCUCUGAACUACGACGGUCACGGGCAGACAAGGCAGAACGAGCCAACUGCGUCGUCCUUUCCAAGGACGAACCAGGAGGUCAAUAUCCACUCUUACGAUACCAUGGCUUCUUCUUCGCAAGUCACACAAAAUAAUAGGUUCUCCAGGCCUGUCGUGGUAGCCGAGUCCAAUUACAACUUCGAUCAGCCGAGACUCGCCGGCUCGGGCAACGAUAAUUUCCAAACAUCGAGGAUCCUCGACUCUGUCAGCUCGGAAAUAUCGAAUCUUUACACGAUGGACAACAGGAACGGCAGAUUUCGAAGUGACGAGGACUCCAGGGACGUGUCCGACGACGGAGAUUACGUGGAAUACACGGAGAGACCCAGAAGACUGCAGAAAGGCAGGAGAAGACCUAGCGACAGCUCGAAGAGGCUUCCCAAGGAGCAUCGAGGGUCCUUGGACGACAGUAGAGAGAACGAAAGUCAGGGUAAAAGGUACCAUUCGUCGAGAUCGAAAUCACACCGUCAGAGAGUGAGAGGAAACUCUUGGGUGGACGAGGAUCGGCGUCAGGACGACAGCUACGAAGACACACGGUACGACGGUAGACAGGGUUCGAAGUUUAAACCGAGCAGCAGUUGGAAUCAGGUAUCUCCUAACCUGGAAAUUUCACACUCGAGCGGUAUCGAAAUCGGUCAGCUCGAGAAACCCAAGCUCAUCGUUCCGGUUAAAGUGAACCUGGUGCCGGUAGCUAACUUCGAUCACGCAACAGCGAUUGGCAGUAGUCAAGGUUUCGACAUGUCCAAUGCAGUUUUGCGUAACAUCGUUUCAGCGACACCAGUCAGCACGAAUAUAAUCGGUCACGAUGCGAAAAUAAGGGUAUCUACGCCUAUCCCAGACAUCAUCGUCGGUCAAAACAGCUUUCACAAUCCCAUGCAGGCGUUUCUUCCUCAGAUAAACGAUCAGAACAAGUUUGCCGCGAAUUUUAAGCCCCAGUACGCGUCCAGCACGGUGUCGCCAAUUUACGCAGUCACUCCGAACUUGAAUCCGAGUCUCCAGAGCAUACCGAUACAGGAUGUUCAAGAAACAGCUACGUCUAGGGCUACUUACGUGAACGGUCCCCAUCAGGUGUCUACCAACCAUAUACCACAGCUGAUCGUCCCUCAGCCAACUCUUCAAUCUAUUCCAACACUGGUGCAGACGCCUAUUACCAGCCCGGAUUAUAUUCAGGUCAAUCCUCACGGGAUGCACGGCCAAAAUCCCAUUAGUCAUGGCAGCCUGCAGUUCCAGCCACUUCCAACGAUGCCAACGAUCACACCUACGCCUCAGACUAUACCCGUUACGAAGAUCAGCCUGAUGACGUCCGAGUCUCAGAACAAGAAGACCAUGCUUCCUGGUGCCAGUACGAAUUUCUUGGCCUCAGCAAGUUUCGCUGUCGGUCAGAACGAUCAGAGGCAGACUAUAAAUGGUAACUCUUAUUAUUUGCAGAACUCGAACUCUCAGCAAAUUGUUAAGCCACAGCUGCAAGGUGGCCUCUAUCAGCAGAUCUUGAAGAACGUCAACGUAGCCCCGAAGACGAAAACUUAUAUCCAGACGACUCAUUUGCUACCGGCAGUGUUACAGCCAAUGCCAACAUUGACGACUAUAUCUGCUAGCACUCCUCAAGUGAUUCCUGAACAGCAAACGAUUCAAGGAACUAAUCUCGUGCUUCAGCCACGAGACCAAGGCCAGUACCUGAAGAUACAGGACACGGGAUACGACAAUAGCGUGGCAACGCUGAGGAACAUCAAAAUGCCUUCGUUCUCGUACGAAACGGUCGAUAGCAUUGGCAGUCAAACUAACAGUAACAUUAACGCGGUAAACGCGUCGCCAGGUGUUUCAGGAAUCAUCGAGAAUGCCCAUUUGCCACACGUUGGCACGAGGAACGUGGAAAUUGUCAAUCCGAAUAUCAAACCCAGCCCGGUGGAUACCAUAAUAGAUUCCUACGGGACGAUGCACUAUCCCACUGCGGUUUUAACGACGUCGAUUCCUAUGUUCACCACAACCAGCUUCGUCACUGCCAGGCCAGCCCUAUUAUCCACGACCACGGAAUCCACGAAUAUGCAAAACCUGGUGAAUUCUUUGACAGAGAUCGGCUCGAAGAACAAUCAGCCCGGCGGUGAUCUGAAAGCGUAUCACUCCCUGGAAAGACCCGUGUUCAAUCCGAUCAAUUUCGUCCCUAAUAUGGACGUCCUGAAGAAUCAGAACGCUCUCAACGGUAAAUUGCACGCGAACGAACCUCUGCAACAGAACUUGAACCUGGUCCCACUGAUACCAGGUGGUAACUUCUUCAAGCCUUCCUUCUCAGCGCAAAGCGAACUACUGGCCAAACCAAAAUUGACGUCAGACCUGGAGAACUACGCAGAGCAAAUGUUCAAGGAAUCUCUGAAGACGAUCUACAAUUCUCAGAAGUGGAACAACGACAGAAAGCCAGGGAACAAUCGUCAGAAUAUGUCUGACACGAUGGACAUUGCCAAGUUGAAGAACGAACUGCAGAGAUUGAAGGCCUCGCUGUCUGAUUACAAGAGGAACAACGAUCAAAUAGAGGGACAUCACAGUGAAACGAAAGUGAAGACAGCUGAGCUACCUAGCAAGAAACCGGACGAAUUGUUGGCUGCGUUGGAACAGAUGCUGAAGAAUCACCCCUCGGAAUCUUUGCAUAAUUUCCAGGGAAACGGUAAACCGCAAAGACACCGUAGACCUCACGAUCUAGAGAAACACAAACCAGGAUCUAACAACGAUCCUAGGGACACGAAGUAUAUCAGAGAAUUCCUGACACCACCGCAACCAAAUUCACAUCGCUCGAAAGGUCACUACCACGACAAACCAGGAAAGAAGAGACCUGGACCAUCGAGAUACAACAACCAUAAUCAUUAUCACGGGCCAAGAUCACAUCCUAGAAACAAUAUGUCACCUAAAUCGGGCGGUAUCGAAAGUUCUGCGUCGAACAUCGAUCCAAUUCACGCAGACGGUUUCUCUCAUUACGACAAUAAGCACGAUUCGAGGCAAUUCAGAAAAGGCUCCAGGUUCGAUCACUCGUCGAGGGAUAGAAAUAAUUUUCCUAAGGUAUCUAAACAGCACAAGGGAGUAGACAGUAAAGAGAACGUUUACAAUCAUCCUAAGAUGCACAAUUUGUACGGUUUACUGUUGAAGAACAAGCAACUACCUAAUGGAGGAGGAGCACCGAACUACUUUCAAGACAGGGAUCAAUUGAAGCAGUUCUUCGAGACUGAGAAGCAACGAUUGCAACAGCAAUUCUACGACGACACGUUGAGGGAUUACAUUUAUAAGAUGUCCGAUGGCAUGUCGCAUUCUAAUUUAGGGCACACUGAUACGCGGCGAUCUUUGGCGGAAAAGAGAACGGUUUGA